AUCAAAUUACAUUUCAUUAAUACGGAACAAUGAAGUACUAUUUCAUUUUUGUGGUGGCUUGUUGCCUUAUCCCUAGCAUUUUGAAUGCUCCAACACCGGGCAAAGGUAAAGGUAGUAAAGCUGCAGACAAAGGGAAACAUUUAGUUUCAAAAGCAGUGAAAACGGCAACACAGAUUGCAGAAAAUCCGCUUGUUGAAGCUGGGGCAGAUCUUGCAGUAGAUCCUGUAACACUUACGGCUGCCAAGGCUACUGUUAAAGGAGUAAAGAAGUUCCAUGAGACUGGAAACUUGGCCGAAGCAGGUCAAGCUGCCAUUGAAUCAGGCAUUGCUAGUUCUUCUGGUGUUGCUGAUGGGUUCAUAAAUGGAGCUGGUCUUGUCAAGGACAUUCAUGACGGAAAGGAUGUAAAAGCUUCAGUCUUACACCGAGGCAAACAAACGGUUAAAAAUCUUCCAGGUGGACAGGCGUUGACGCUUGGAAUCGAUGCAGGAAAAGACUUAUUAGAUGGAAAAAGCGCCCAACAGGUUAUUACGGAAAGCGGCAAAGAAGCUUUGAAACAAAAUGUUCCAGGUGUUGAUUUAGCGAAAAAAGUUAAAAUAUUGAGCCCAAAUACGUCUCUUGAGAAGAAAAGAAAAGAUGCAAAACUGCAAAGAACUUGUUCCAGUUUUCAUAAACAUUUCACAUCUUGUUUGGCCCCAGAAACCGAAAGUGAUCCAGAGGAUUGAAGCAACAUUGAUAGGUCGAAAAAUUGUCAUAAUGAAAUGACAUAUUCACAUUUAAAAUGUUUUUCUUAAUUAUUUAAUAGAAAUAUCUUGAAUGAAAAAAAAAAACAUAUUUUUCUAAUCAAAGAAUUAAUAAAAACUACUGGCCAAAGACAAAAA